AUGUCAACAAUGAAAGCAGCAGUAUUAUAUGAAAUUGGUACAUCACCAAAAUAUGAUGAAUUCCCAGAACCAAAAGAACAUGGUGAUUUUGUUAAAGUAUCAAUGAUUGCAUCAACUAUUAAACAAUUGGAUCGUGGAAGAGUAAGUGGAAGACAUUAUAUGAAAUAUACUAAAUUCCCAACAGCAGUUGGUAUUGAUGGUGUUGGUAGACUUGAGGAUGGUCAAUUAGUUUAUUGUUUUGGUGAUGGUAUGAUUGCAGAGAAAUCCUUGGUUGAGAAAGGUAAAUAUGCCCCAUUAUCAAAUGACGUCGAUCCAUACAUUGCUGCAGCACUACCAAACACAUUGUUAGGCUCAGACAUGGCAUUGUUAUUCAGAGCAGAGAUUAAGAAGGGUGAUGUGGUAUUGGUGAAUGGUGCAACCGGUGUAACUGGUUCAGUGGCUGUCCAAAUCGCAAAAAUUCGUGGUGCCUCAAAGGUAAUUGCAGCAGGUAGAAACGAAGAGGCCUUAAAGAAACUCCAAGCUGACUAUGGGGUCGACGAGAUUUUGGUGUUGAAUUCUGAAGAGGGUGUAGCAGCACAGAUGAAGCAGAUAUUGGACAAACAGCCAAUCGACAUCGUUUUGGAUUAUUUAUGGGGCCAGCCAACAGAGAUGAUCAUCAAGUCCAUUGUCGCACAAAAACAAUACCACGUAACCAAGAUCGUCAGUGUUGGUGAAAUGGCUGGUAGCUCAAUUAACCUCCCAUCCGCUGCCUUGAGAAGUACUGCAAUCUCCAUCCUUGGCUCGGGUUUAGGUAGUUUCCCUGCAACCCAAAUGCAUACCUAUUACAAAGAGCAUUUGAAUGAACUUUUACUUUUAGCCAAACAAGGUAAAUUAAAAGUUGACAUUAAAAUAAUUGACUUAAAAGAUAUUGAAAAAGAAUGGUUAGUUAAUGAAAAAUCAGUUAGAACAGUUGUAAAAAUUAAUUAA